CACUGAAACCGCGUUGCUUUGCAUAUAACUUUCGCUGCCGAUAGAUGGCGGUCCUUAGACCUUGACGGCACCCGGUUUCUUGCAGCGGUUUAGUUAAACGAGUCCCUCAUCCUUGCAGAUGGUCCCCCUGGCCCUCCUUGCUGCCCUGUUGGCUACCCUGGGCUCCUCCUCAGGGUCCCCAACCUCCACCUCCACCUUAGUCAUGAUAGGAGACCCCCCUGUGGUAAGGACCCCCGAGGAGAGGUUCGCCACCUUGCCUCAACUGGGGUACCCGUGGGCGCCCAAGUACCUGCAAAUGAAACUCCAGGAGAACCAGUUUGUCAGGGUGCAUUACAUUGACGAAGGACCUCGCGACGCGUCCGAAACCCUCCUCCUCCUCCACGGAACCCCGGCUUGGUCUUACCUCUACCGGAAGACGAUCCCAACCCUCCUCGCUGCCGGAUACCGAGUCGUAGCCAUAGACCACAUCGGGUUCGGACGUUCGGACAAGCUCACGGAUCCGGAAGCUUAUACUCAUGAACUGCAUGUGGCAACAGUGGUUAACGCCGUACGCGAUCUCGACUUGAAGGGCGUGACGCUCGUGGGCCACGACCUCGGGGGCCCGACGGGGCUGAGCGCCUUAUCGCGGGACUCCGGCCGCUACCGCCGCGUGGUCCUGCUCAACACGUGGCUCCCUCAAGGCGACAUGUUCUCGUCCCUCUCGAGCAUCAAGGAGCACCUGCCCUACCUGUCCUUCCGCGGCCUCACCCAGGUCCUCGGCCGCAACGUGCCCGUGCAGGCCGUGUUCUCCUUGGCCACGCAGUCGUCCGCCGCCGAACUGGAGGGCUACGUGGCGCCGUACCCUUCGUCGCUGUACACGGCGGGUCCCUCCCGAUGGCCGCUCUUGAUCCCGACGUCCUACUCCGACCCCAUGGGCGUCGAGAACCGCAGGGUCGCCGCGUUCCUCGAGGGGUGGGGCGGGCCUGCCCUCGUGGCCUACAGCGACAGGGAGGUCUUCACUCGCCCCGGCCAGGACCUCUUCCGCCGCCUGCUGCCCAGAGCCUGCACGGCCACGGUCAACGACGCAGGGCACUUCUUGCAGGAGGAUCAGGGACCUGCCGUGGCGCGUCUGAUCGUGCAGUUCAUCCAAGGACAGUGUUGA